AUGCAGCGGCCCGAGGCCUGGCCACGUCCGCACCCGGGCGAGGGGGCCACGGCGGCCCAGGCUGAGGUCGUGGCGCCGCCCGCCGGAGCCGGGGAGCCCACGGGGCAGCGGUUACAGGAACCUUCCCUCUACACCAUCAAGGCUGUUUUCAUCCUAGACAAUGAUGGGCACCGGCUGCUGGCCAAGUAUUAUGAUGAUACGUUCCCCUCCAUGAAGGAGCAGGUGGUUUUCGAGAAAAAUGUUUUCAACAAGACCAGCCGUACUGACAGUGAAAUUGCAUUUCUUGGGGGCAUGACCAUCGUCUAUAAGAGCAGCAUUGACCUCUUCCUGUACGUGGUGGGCUCAUCUCAUGAGAACGAGCUGAUGCUCAUGGCCGUUCUAACCUGCCUCUUUGAGUCGCUGAGUCACAUCUUAAGGAGAAACGUGGAAAAGCGCUGGUUGCUGGAGAACAUGGAUGGAGCCUUCUUGGUGCUGGACGAGAUUGUAGAUGGCGGCGUGAUUCUGGAGAGCGAGCCCCAGCAAGUGAUCCAGAAAGUGAACUUCAGGAUGGACGACAGCGCCUUGACAGAGCAGAGUGUGGCGCAGGUUCUUCAGUCUGCCAAGGAACAAAUUAAGUGGUCGUUAUUGAAAUGAAGGCUGUGGACGGAAGGCCUGCUGCUCUUGGGACCAGAGACUCCCUACAACCCGCCCUUCCCCAGCCCCCCAGCCCUGAUUCGUGUCUCCUCUGGACUUCGGUUCCCAGUGGCGGCUGCCCGUGGGCCCUGGGA